GAGCCCAGGGCCUCGCUGUGAUGCUGUUGGAGUCUAGCUAUCAGGCCGCGAGCACAGGGGUCAGCGCGUUCUCCAGACACCAAUCCGCUUCUGAGAUGCACGAGCGGGAAUCUGGCUUCAUGGACGCAGUUCACAUGGGCGCUUUUAAGAUAAAUGAUCAUUCACCAGGUCAGGGUAACGCGUUUGCAGGCCAGGGGAGUGGGUACGCGGCCUCCUAUGCCAGUUCUACUCGGGACUUUAUCCUGCGUAACCGGGGGUUCGGAGGAGACUCGCCCUCGGGUAACGACCAGCACGCACUACUCAGAACCAUGGCGGGGUCCCUGCAUCACCCUCACACGGAGGGCCAAGGGCACGGGCACAUACUCUUCCCUGGGAUUCAUGAACAGCACCAUGGCUCUGCCAACGUGCUGGGCGGGCGGCUGGGGAUGCCUGGCGAGGUGUUCGGGCGAGCGGACCAAUAUCAUCAUGUAUCCGGGCCAAGAGCGGACCCUUACGGCCAGUACGGUGCCAUAGGUCUGAACAUGGGAAUGGCUACGCAUCACCACCCCGGCGCCUUCUUCCGUUACAUGCGACAACAGUGCAUCAAACAGGAGUUGAUUUGCAAGUGGGUUGACACUGAUCAACCAGGCGGCUCCAGCCGAUGCUGUGGCAAGACCUACGGCACAAUGCACGAUCUGGUGGCGCACGUCUCCGUGGAACACGUCGGUGGGCCCGAGCAGAGUAGCCAUGUCUGUUUCUGGGAGGACUGCCCGCGAGAGACCAAACCAUUCAAGGCCAAAUACAAGCUGGUGAAUCACAUUCGCGUGCACACCGGGGAGAAACCGUUCCCGUGCCCAUUCCCUGGUUGUAGCAAGGUGUUUGCGCGCUCAGAAAACCUUAAAAUCCACAAGCGGACGCACACAGGAGAGAAGCCGUUCGUGUGUGAUUACUUCGGCUGCGACAGACGCUUUGCCAACAGCAGUGACCGCAAGAAACACAUGCACGUUCACACGUCUGACAAGCCCUAUCUGUGCAAGAUGUGUGAGAAGUCCUACACGCAUCCAAGCUCUCUGCGCAAACACAUGAAGGUCCACGACUCACUCUCAACCACCGAGUCCUCUCCAGCCGCCAGCUCAGGGUACGAGUCCACUAGUCCAUCUGGUCUGGUGUCUCCCGCCUCAGAGUCGCAGAGCAACAUGUCCCCGGACAUCAUCGUGCUCGGUCACAGCGGACACAGCCACAGCAACUUCAGUGAGUGGUACGUCUGAACGCCACGCAAAAUUCUUGGACAUCGGAUCCAAAUCUCGGGGAAUACUCAGGGGACUGAUGCACCUGAAACAGAGACAACAUGUGGGGGCUAUUGGACUGUAAAAUGGACCAUGCCUCCCAAAAUUAUUGUGAACUGAUGCAAGCCGUUAAAAAAGAAACGACGAAUAUGAAUUGAAAUGGAAAGUUAUAAUCAGUCAAAAGUUGGUUAGGUUCUGAAGCCAUUUUCUAAGUGGCUGGUAACCUUAUUAAUUCCAAAAAAGUGCCAAAGCUAAACAUUCUUUAUGUUCGUCUAUUUACAUUUUAAGAAAUAUCUAUCGAUAAAGAUAUUUGACGAGUAAGUGUUUUAUAUCCUCCGUAAAAGGCAACUCGUUUAUAGGCUGCUCUAAAGGAAACU